AUGACGGUCUACCACCAGAUGCAGUCGGUCUGGCCCUUUUGGCAGAUCUUGGGCCGCUUGGAAGCCCGAGCGUUGUCCGUGGAGGCACCAGCCAGCAGCUCAUCGCCCUCUUUGCUCCCACCUCCGGCACUUCCCGAAGCUGUUGGCUUGAAGUGGCAGCGGCUGUUGGGAUCGAGGGGUCUGAAGGUCGAUGAGCAACCUCUGCCCAAGAAGCAGGAGGCGAUGUUGGGCUGCGUCAGCGACAGCGACGGCUUCGCUCAUGUGGCGCUGUCUGCCGACCUCGCACAGAUUGAUGGUCUCAUCGUGACCUUGCAGAGCGCCGUAACAUCAGCUGCCAACGCCUCGAGCCUAUGCUUCCAUGCCUUCGUCCUUCCCCACCAGAAAGACUUUGUCAUCGAGGGCCUUCGAUGCGCCUUUGCGGAGGCUUUGGUGGAGGAUGGCACCGGCCGAGGUCUCUCUUGGCCCAUCCUGGGACUCUUCCGGCUCCACGACCGGGCACAGCUCAUCCUGCACGGUCUGGAUUCUGACCACAUCUGGGCCGAGGUUGGAAUGAACUCCACGGGCGUGCGUGCGAAUCAUUCGGCCUCUGCCAUCAUGCUUGGUGAGACUGACCUGAGCAACUCACUUCGCUCUGACACUGGAAACUUGGGAGCGGUGCACAACUUCGCGCGCUUCUCGCUCCACACCCUGCUUCCAGGACUGUCGCGAGUGGUGUAUCUGGACGUGGAUGUCGUUGUCAAGGGAGACCUCUCCGAGCUCUACAACGUGAACAUGAGCACAGUGAACGGUGCUCCGGGCACGGUGGCAGCUGUCCAGCGAAGCAACCAGCCUCUGCGGACUUACGUCGACGUUCUGCAGCCAGCCGUUCCCAGCUGGCUGCCCAGCGAAGCGCCCUCCUUCAAUGCGGGUGUAAUGGUCAUCGACCUUGCGCGCUGGAGGCAGCGCCACGCGUCACGCUUGGUUGCGGAGUGGAUCGAAAUGAACUCGAAAAGGCGCCUGUGGCUGCACGGAUCUCAGCCGCCACUCCUACUGCUCUUCCAUGACGAGGUGGUGUCUCUGCAUUGGUCCUGGAAUGUGGACGGGCUGGGGCAUCGGCUGAACUACCCCAAACAUGUGCUGGCAGAGGCAAAGGUGCUUCACUGGACCGGGCCUUUGAAGCCUUGGCGCCAUCACGGUGUGAACCGCAAGCUGUGGGAGCCCCACACACGCGAGUACUGCCCGAAGUAUUCCAACCGGGAGCACACGACGACUUGCCGGCCGGACAGCUGGUUCUGCUGA